CGUUCAACGCGAAUCGGUUGUCUACUAGACAGGUAAAGCUUAUAAGUAAAGCUUUUUCAUAGUGCUUUUCAUAGUGCUUUUCAUAGUGCUUCGCGUAGUAUCAAAUAUACUUCAAUAUGGAAGUGACAGUUUACUCCAAUACAAUAGAAAAGUUGGUCAAUACAAUUGGUCCUGAUGUAGCUGUGUACGUAAAAAUAACAAAGGACGAAGAAUGUACGAAAACUACAAAGAAAGAGCAGCCCGUAUAUAAGUGCUGUAUGUGCUCCGAAAAGAGUAACAGAAGUUUUAAUAUAGUGCGUCAUUACGACAGGUUUCAUGUAUCAAAAACGACAGAAUUUGGCUGUUCAUAUUGUGAUGAGAAGUUUAACAUUAAAUCGCAUAAACAAGUACAUGAAACAUUCUGUGGAAAAAGGACAAAUAAAAAUAAUAAAAAAAAAUUAAAAAGUGUUAUAAAAAAAAAUCAAGACGAAAAUAUACCAAUAAUGAAUAAGUUGGAGACACGGACUUCUUAUGAUGACCCAACUGAUACGCUACAUGACGAGCUAAAUGCCGCUUUAUACCUCGUAUGCCCUGAUGAAAGAGAACAAAUAGAAAGGAUAAAAAUGGCAGUAUUAGGAUUGAUGAAAUUGUGCGGUAAUAUAGAAGAAAGUUAAUAGGAAGACCCGACUGAUAGGAAGACCCGACUGAUGGCAAGACCGAACUAGAAACCUGACCACAGAUUUACAGACAGCACCGAGAACCUAUAACCACUAUUUACCUCACCACCUGUAAUAAAGCUGCACUUCGAGAUUACGGAUCGGCACAGAGAGUAUCAGAGCGUACUCGUUAGUACGCACG